AUGCCUCCAAGGAGGCGCCCACCUCGUCCCGGGGCGCUGACGGAGCUCCCUCCGCUGAAAAUCGUCAGGAAGAUCCUCUUGCUUCAGGCGCUUUACUAUGUCUGCAUAACCGCACUCGUGAUUUUCACCACCCUUGUGGCGGGUACGGUGUUCUCUCUUGAUCUCAUAUUUGGAUGGGAUAGUUUCCGAGGAGAUACGACGGUGGGAUGGAUGUUGAGUUUGGUGUGGAUCUUAAAUAGUUUCCUUUGUGUUAUAUUCCUCCUCAUCUUCGUUUCGCGCUCGAAACUCAUCCCCGAUUUUGCGCUCACGAUACACUUUAUACACCUACUCGUCGUCUUUUUCUACACCCAUUCCGUACCGAGAAACCUGCUCUGGUGGGCCCUCCAACUCGCAAGCGCCGCUCUCAUGACAUUUGUCGGAAUUUGGGCCUGUCAAAGACGUGAACUAGCACCCAUCACCUUCGGCCUCGGCCUUGGACUAGGCGGGCCCAGUGAAAGCGCCUCAGGUGGCGACGGCACUACUCAAGCCGCUGAAACAGGGGAGUCUCACCAACCGGAUUCUCUGGGCGAUGAUCUUGAGAAUGGCAUGCCGGGGUUUUCUCGUGGGCGAAGAGGGCGCAAUCGAGAGGAAUAUGAGAUGGUGCCUAUGAAGGAAGUGGAGGGACAUACUGCAUAA